AUGAUCCCAAAAGAGCCUCUGCAAUCCCCUGAGGGCAAUCCGGCCCUGCAUUGGCUCACGAGUGCCAUUGCAGACGCCCUAGACGCUGAGCAUUGCUCUAUUUGGAUGAACACUCCAGGGAGUCUCACUCUUCAGGCCACCACACUGCAGCAGGAACUAGCCGACGACCCACGGCCCCGGAGCGCCCUCGCAGAAAGAGUCACGGAGUUUGGCACUUGUGUGAACGUAGUCGACGCUGCCAGAGAUACACGCUUUAAAGCAGAUUCAGAGAGGCCCAGUCCACACACUACGAGGACGAUGGUGUGCAUUCCGCUGAUGCCCGAGGACCAGGAUGCGGACGAGAAGCCGACGGGAUGCAUUCAGUUAUUCAAUAAAUUGCAAGACAGAGUCUUCAAUACUCUGGAUAUUCAAAAAUUGCAGGGGUUCGAGCAAGUGAUCAACAGCAUGCACGCUGGAGGCUGCCGGGUUCUCUCGCUUUCAUGUGCUCUAAGUCACAUGAAAGAAAUUUUCUCCAAAUUCCCAGCAGCUACGCUCCUCGUCGAUCGUCGUGGCGUUGUUGUUCAAGCCAACAGCGAGGCCAGUUGGAUCAUGCGGAAACUCGCGGCCAACAAGGACGUUGAUGCAGACACGCUGGGAGUUAUCCGAAACAACUCAUCCUGUAUCGACAAGAAUUUCCCUGUGGGGCUCUGUUUGAGCGAUCUCUGGUAAGUUUCCAAGAAUUUCAACCUACGACUCGCUGUUUUCCAGUUUCACUGCAAGGUCCUCGACACCUCGAACCUCCUUGUCUGUGUUAUUUGAGGCUACAGAACGGAACUGCUCAGAAAACGGAUGAACGAAUUCACACUGUAUUUUCUUUCUUCCAGUCUGUCUUCUUGUGGAUUUAGUUACUUCGUGGAUCGAGUCGUUUUUUAUGUACUUGAACAAUUGGACAUGGACAUUGCGGCAUUCAUUCGUCUUUUUUUGCGACCCUACAGUCAGUAUUGGCUUCUUUCACAUCUUCAACAGGAGAGGUUCAACAAAUGGUAGAGCCCGAUUGUCAGGCGUCAUGUAAUGAUUGCUCGACCCGUUCUUCAUUCAUUGACAUUUGUAUGUUCUACAUCUUCUACCUCUAAACUGAACGUAUGCGGAUGAUGAUCGAUAUUUAUCCACCAUGAAAUUUUCACGUUUCCCCGCCUCCUACUGAAUGACUUCCAAAUGUGUUACCCCCUGUUUGUGCGCCGUAUGUAUUAUGAACGUUGAGCAUACUGUAUUUACAUCAGAAGUUUUCUAAUGCUGACGUGCGAAGAGUUCGGAAACAGGAUUCUACAGAUAAUCCAUGCCUAUUGCGCUCUUGUCCCCGAUCCCUCUUUCUGGGUUUUUACCCUGGUUCUGUUUUGACUAGGUUACCGAACCAAUACGAAUUGUACGAGCUCUGGAUCGCCUGCAUUAGCAGCAGAUCAGAGGCCACGAAAAGUCUGCAACUCAAGUUGCCUUCUGUAGGCCGAAAACGCACCUACAUUCUCCCCCCCCCCAUACAUGCACACAGCGCCCACGUUGCGUUUGUUUUGAUGUUUUGAGUUGUACAGCAAAUAGGGAGCAUUUGACUAGCAAACUUCUUGCAGUAACACAAGCUGCGGCCUACCGACCCCACGGAAGACGAAACCGGAACAUCAGUCUGCUGGCACACCUAAACGUGUUAUGUGCCCGCGUGUGGCUUCAUUCAAUGCGUCACAGCAAGAGUUGUGUUGUUUCAGUCCACUUUUACCGACUAUCCGUUUAAUCAAUGCCAUCCCACCUGAUCAGAUUGGCCACAGGAGGCACCAACCAUCCUCUAAUGAAGACCGCUCCCCGUCAGCAUAUCCAUGGAUUGCCCGGUGAGUCGUUUAUAGUUUAGACCCGCAUCAGAAAGCACUUUAGCAAAAACAAACUAGAAAGUGUAGCAUCCGUGUUGAGCGCAUGCGUAUUUAUACAUCCAGAUGCACAUUGAUGCAUGUGUCUAUUCAUGUGAAAACAUUCUUUAUGGAUGCAGCAUGCACAUGUACCUAUGAGUGUAGUACGUACAUUGACGUGCAAAUCUAUGCACGCAUUGGGAGGUGAAGACAGAUACAUACUGAUAUAAAUGGAUAUACUCAAAUCACACAAGUGUAAACGGAUACAAACACUCACAGAGUGAGACGUCACGCAUGCGGACCCUGUCAUUUCUUCUCAGGGUUCUUCCUUUCUCAUCACCACCUGGUUCCGAACCCUUCUGCUGCAUGCUCGCCCUUAUGGACACAAGCAGGUGGUCUCUCUGAGCGAGUCUCCGGAGCUGUAACUGAAAUCUGGAAUGGGGUUUUCGUGGUGUAUGUGUGGAAGGCUGUUCAACGCUUUUGGCUAUUUCCACGUCUGUAUCACUAUUUUGCUUGUUGAGGAGUUUAUAUUCACAGCUGAUUGUGUCUGUCUCACGGAAGUACGUACUUGGCAGCAUGUGCAAUAAAUACAUAGAGAGUUAGUGCCAUAAAUAAAUUCGUCAGGAAACGCUUCUGCUGAACGAGGCCUGCCAGCGUUCCGAGGAAAUUGAGCACCACGGGUUAUUUACGAAGUG